AUGUCGCUAGCCAGAUCCGCAGCCAACAAGCUAGACUGGGCCAAGGUGAUUGCGUCGCUCAAGCUGACGGGCAAGACCGCGGCGCAGCUGACGCAGUUCAAGAAGCGCAACGACGAGGCGCGCAGACGGCUCUUCGAGCUGGAGUCGCAGCCGGCGGAGGUAGACUUCGCGCACUACCGCGCGGUACUCAAGAACACCGCGGUGGUGGACCAGAUCGAGGCGUCGUGCCGCGCAUACCGCCCCGUUACGGUGGACGUGUCGAAGCAGAUUUCCAGCCUCGAGGCGUUUGAGGCGCAGGCCGUGCGGGACGCGCAGGAGACCGAGGCGGUGGUGGGCCGCGAGCUGAAGGCAUUGAAGGAGACGCUAGCCAACAUCGAGGCCGCGCGUCCGUUCGACGAGCUGACCGUGGACGAGCUUGCUGCCGCGCGCCCCGAGAUCGACACCAAGGUCGCGGAGAUGGUCAAGCGCGGGAAGUGGGAGGUGCCGGGCUACAAGGAGAAGUUCGGCGACCUCACAGUCAUGUAA